AUGGGCCAAAAGGUCUGCUUGGUUAGAGUUACUGCCUCUUUGCGGCCAGGACUUAGUGCAAAACGGUCAAUGUAUGCUGAGCAAAUGGAAGAACAAACAUAUCUGUCAGACAAGAAUGUUGCGUGGGACAGUGUCAAAUGUUUAGCACAAGGCCAGCUCCUCUUCCACUCAGGUAUAUUGGUGUCCCUAAGCCUUUCUGAGCCACAGCUGGAGAAGGUGGUGAUUGACAGGACCCUGGUGGGGAAGCUCAUCUCUGACACCAUCAGUGAUGCUGUUCUUACAGACAAUUUCAUCAUCUUGUCAUUUGAGGACCAUAACCAACUCUGCUUUAUUCAGUUUACAAAGAAGAAGGAUUCUCCUGAUGUAAACAAAAGACUGGAAAAACUCUCAUGUUUGGACUUUAAGAUUUCUUAUACUGAUAUUCCUGGACCAGAAAGUAGAAGAAUGAAACGUCACCUGGCAAUAAACUGUAUGCAAGAUAUGGUCAUUUGCUGGUGGUCAACAACUAGUGAUGGAGCAUGGCCUUGGUCUCCUAUUUCCUGUGAGAGGGACAGAGCCAACCUAUUGCUAUUAGGCUGUGCACAUGGCAAAUUGGAGGUUCUGAGUUAUGUCCGUACAGAAUGGGAUCCACUCAAUGCUAGCUUCAGCACUAAUCAGCCUUAUCAGGUUUACACAGUAGAGCACUCUGUCUCUGCAGACAAAGAGCCUAUGGCUGACAGCUGUGUUUACAAGUGUGUUAAGAACAAAAUUCACUGUGCAGCAGUCACCAGAAUACCACUACGAUCCAAGGCCAUCAGCUGUUGCAGAGAUGUUACAGAAGACAAACUAGUCCUGGGUUGUGAAGAUUCGUCAGUAAUUCUGUAUGAAGCCUACAACCAAGUGACUCUGUUAGCCCAAGCAAAGCUGUUGCCUGCUUUAAUAACCUACCACCCUUCCGGAGCCAUAUUCAUGGUUGGCAGCUCUCAAGGGGAGCUGCAGCUUUUUGACACAGCACUGUCUCCAAUUAAAAUUCAGCUCUUAGCACAGGACUAUUCACCUGAGGCAACUCUGCAAUUCAGUGAACACUUCAACGUGCCUAGCAGCCUCAUCCAGAUCCAGUGGGCUGCUCCUCAAGUUGCAUCUGCCAGCUCUGAUGGCACAGAUAUUCAUGAUCUUUUGUUGGUUAGAUUCGACAAAGGACCCCUAGGAGUGCUUCACUUUAAACUUGGUGUGGUCACAAGAGGACAGCUGGGCCUUGUGGAAAUCAUCCACCAGUACAUUCUUUACAAUGAGAUACAUGAGGCAAUUAACAUCCUGAACACCAUGAACUGGAACACGAUGGGUCAUCAGUGUUACAUAUGCUUGAGUGCCAUUGUCAAUUACCUUCUUAAACAAAAGCUUACACCAGAAAGAGAAGCACAGCUUGAGGCAAGCCUUGGAACCUUUUAUGCUCCAACAAGACCCCUCUUGGAUACAACGGUGGUGGAGUACAGGGACCAGAUCAGCAGAUAUGCAAGAAGAUUCUUCCACCACCUGCUCAGGUAUCAGAGGUUUGAAAAAGCAUUUCUGCUAGCUGUUGACAUAGGUGCUCGGGACCUCUUUAUGGACAUCCAUUACCUUGCACUAGAUAAGGGUGAAUUGGCACUAGCUGAGGUGGCAAAGAAAAAGGCUAAUGACAUUGAUGCAGAAUCAAUAACUACUAGAAUUG